UCACACUAGUCUCCUCGUCUACUUCAAGGCAAACCAUGAAGACUCUUGACUCAAGGAAUUUAUUUUAGAGAGAGAAACUCGUGUUAGACCUUUUCGUCUUUUUUCUCUUUUCUACACAGCUUUAGGGUUUUCCCGAGACCAAGCACAGUACACAACAAUGGCGGAGAUAGGCAAUACCAAGCUCGAUUCAGGGUGGCUAGCUGCGAGAUCCACGGAGGUUGAACUCACCGGAGUUCAGCUCACCACCACUCACCCUCCCUCCUCCGCCCCCAAUUCUCCUUGGAUGGAGGCUGUUGUCCCCGGAUCUGUUUUGGCAACCCUUGUAAAAAACAAAGUCGUGUCAGAUCCUUUCUACGGGUUGGAAAAUGAGUCAAUCAUAGAUAUUGCUGAUUCAGGGAGGGAGUACUACACAUUUUGGUUCUUUACAACUUUCAAGUGUAAGCUGUCAAGAAACCAGCAUGUGGAUCUGAAUUUCCGGGCAAUUAAUUACUCUGCGGAGGUGUAUUUGAAUGGCCACAAAAAAGUCCUGCCAAAGGGGAUGUUUCGAAGACAUUCUCUUGAUGUCACAGAUAUUCUGCAUCCUGAUGGUGAAAAUUUGCUUGCCGUUCUAGUUCACCCUCCUGAUCAUCCUGGGAGGAUUCCUCCUGAGGGGGGCCAAGGUGGUGACCAUGAGAUUGGCAAAGAUGUUGCUGCUCAAUAUGUUGAAGGAUGGGACUGGAUGAUUCCUAUUAGGGAUAGGAAUACUGGCAUCUGGGAUGAGGUAUCAAUAUCUGUUACUGGGCCUGUGAAAAUAGUGGAUCCCCACUUGGUUUCAUCAUUCUUUGACGAUUACAAGAGGGUAUAUUUGCAUACCACCACUGGGUUGGUAAAUAGAAGUGCCUGGGUUGCUGACUGUUCUUUAAACAUUCAAGUAACAACGGAACUUGAGGGGAGUAUUUUCUUGGUAGAACAUCUUCAGACAGAGCAUGUGUCAAUCCCUCCUGGAGCAUCUGUUGAGUAUACAAUUCCUGAGCUGUUCUUCUACAAGCCCAAUUUAUGGUGGCCAAAUGGCAUGGGAAAGCAAUCCCUCUACAAUGUUGGAAUUAGUAUUGAUGUAAAGGGAUUUGGAGUGUCUGAUUUGUGGAGCCAUCAUUUUGGUUUUCGCAAAAUUGAGAGCCACAUUGAUAGUGCAACUGGUGGGAGAUUGUUUAAGGUCAACGGACAGCCGGUUUUUAUCCGUGGAGGUAAUUGGAUAUUGUCAGAUGGGUUACUACGUCUUUCAAAGAAACGUUACAAGACAGACAUCAAGUUUCACGCAGACAUGAACUUCAACAUGAUACGCUGUUGGGGUGGUGGACUGGCUGAGAGACCAGAGUUCUAUCAUUACUGUGAUAUUUAUGGUCUGCUGGUGUGGCAAGAGUUUUGGAUUACUGGAGAUUGUGAUGGACGAGGUGUCCCCAUAUCAAACCCAGAUGGUCCCCUAGAUCAUGACCUUUUCUUGCUAUGUGCAAAGGACACUGUCAAGCUUCUGAGGAAUCAUCCUAGUCUUGCUCUUUGGGUGGGGGGAAAUGAACAAGUUCCACCAGAAGAUAUCAACACAGCUUUGAAAAAUGAACUGAAACUCCAUCCAUUGUUUGAAAACUCAACUGAAAAUAGCAACUCAAAAGAAGAUAGGUCCGAAGUCUUGAAGGAUCCGAGCCAAUAUCUUGAUGGUACGCGCAUUUACAUCCAAGGAUCCAUGUGGGAUGGCUUUGCAAAUGGGAAAGGAGAUUUCACUGAUGGCCCAUAUGAAAUUCAAUAUCCUGAAAGCUUUUUUAAGGAUGACUUUUACGAAUAUGGAUUCAAUCCUGAGGUUGGCUCAGUGGGAAUGCCUGUUGCAGCUACUAUCAGAGCGACAAUGCCUCCAGAGGGGUGGCAAAUUCCAUUGUUCAACAAGUUACCUGAUGGCUAUGUACAAGAAGUUCCAAACCCCAUAUGGGAAUACCAUAAAUACAUCCCUUACUCGAAACCAAGUGUGGUUCAUGAUCAGAUUUUACUAUAUGGAACUCCCAAGGAUCUUGACGAUUUUUGUCUCAAGGCUCAGCUAGUUAACUAUGUUCAGUACAGAGCUCUGUUAGAGGGCUGGACUUCCCGUAUGUGGAGCAAAUACACUGGAGUUUUGAUUUGGAAAAAUCAGAACCCUUGGACGGGGCUUAGAGGUCAGUUUUAUGACCAUCUCCAUGACCAAACAGCGGGGUUCUAUGGCUGUCGCUCCGCAGCUGAACCAAUCCACGUUCAGCUGAAUCUUGCAACAUAUUUUGUUGAGGUAGUUAACACUACAUCAGAGGAACUAUCUGAUGUCGCUAUAGAAGUCUCAGUGUGGGAUCUGGAAGGAACAUGUCCAUACUACAAAGUUUCCGAAAAGCUUUCUGUUCCGUCUAAAAGAACAGUACCUAUUUUUGAGAUGAAAUAUCCGAAGUCCAAAAAUCCAAAGCCAGUCUACUUUCUCCUUCUCAAACUCUACAAUAUAUCAGACUACGGCAUUUUAUCUAGGAACUUUUACUGGUUGUAUCCUCCGGGUGGAGAUUACAAACUAUUGGAACCAUACAAGACCAAGAAAUUACCUCUCAAGAUAGAAUCUCAUGCUUUCAUUGGAGGAUCCACUUACGAAAUCCAGAUGCAUGUACAGAACACGUCAAAGAAGCCAGACUCAAAAAAUCUACUCUACAAGAACAGUUUCAUUGAAAGAAAUGAUGACAGUGAUUUUGAUAUGUCAUCACUUGAACCCAUGCAUAGCAGGAUCGAGGAAAAACAGGAAGGUGGUUUAAUUGGGAGGAUCUUCAAUCACUUCUCGAGUGAAACCAAUGGUUUGAGGGUUACAGAAAUUAAUGGGUCCGAGGUUGGAGUUGCUUUCUUUCUCCAUUUCUCUGUUCAUGCUUCAAAAACAGAUCACAAGGAAGGGGAAGACACAAGGAUCCUUCCCGUUCAUUAUUCUCACAACUAUUUCUCGUUGGUACCGGGUGAAGAGAUGUCAGUGAAUCUCUCUUUUGAGGUCCCACCAGGUGUCACUCCACGAGUUACACUUCAUGGCUGGAAUUACCAUGCUGGGCAUACUGUUUACUGAUACAGCAACCAACUCUUGAGCAUUCCCAAAUGUUGGAAAUAAAUAAGGCCUUGCCUCGACACUCGUGAUUUUCUUAUUUUUAUCACAUGUUGUAACAUUUGUUAUUGUAAUUGAAACAGGGAAAACAUUCAAAGGCCCUUCAAUUGAACCGCCUUCUUCCCAAGUGUGGCAUUGAUGCUUGUGCGUGACAAUCCUUGCCUGGUAUGUAUUCUGCUUUGUUUUAAUCCCAAUUGUCGAUUAAACUUCCAGGCUGCUACAUGAGUGGUGUUAUAUAUAUGCAAAAUUUAAUUAUUAAUUUUUA